CAGGAGCUCUGCGGCUCAGACACGGACUUUGCUCUCUGCUCCACCAGCAGGAGAGGAGGCUUUUAGGUGUGUCUUGAUGUCCAGGUUUCCCUCCUCCUGGAAGCAUCUCUCCUAUUGGAUGUCACAGGACGGACGUAGUGGCAUGCUGGCUGUGGGGGUGUUUGGUCCUGGAAGUUCCAGGUGGCCUUGCAGGGGAUGGGGCUGCUGUUGACCCAGUUGUGAAGUGAAAGGCCACAAGUCAAAGUUCUGGGGAUAAAAGGCCCAGGAGUCCCCAGUGCCCGCAGCCUGAUGCUAUCUCGCAUUCUUCACUUGACCCAGAUUGUAAAUAAGCCCAUUGUACAACCUCCGGCCCAGAAGUCAAAGCCCUGAGCCCAGAAGCAGCUGGGCCUUGGAGGUGUUUACUUACGACCUUUUGUCUCACCACACCCUGGGGCUCCUGGGAGGAGCUGAGGUCUGAGCAGCGUGCCAGGAUGCUGCCUGUGUCAGUGCGGGCUUCCUGCCUCCUGCCUGGGUCCCGUCACAGCCGGCUGGCUCACCCAUUGGGUGCCCGGGAUGGAAACUGCUCUCCCUCAUCUGGGAGACAGCGUGGGGCCUGUCUGCCUAGCGCCGGGGUCGGAAGCUGAAGCAGCAGCUCUCUCCUGGGGCUUUCUGUAGCUGGUCGCUGUGGGCGAGGGCAGCCAGCGCUCCAUGCCCCGCAGGCCCGGGACGAUGGCAGGACCAGUGGUAGGCGGGAUGCUCAGGCAGCUCCACAAAUGGCGGUCCCGAAUCCCACCAGGGUCUGUCCAGGACAGUCCGGGGGAGGCCGCAAAGGAGCCGGAGAGGGCCCCGGAGCACUGCCUGGCCACCUUCGCCGGAGGACAGCAUUUCUUCGAAUACCUCCUCGUGGUUUCCCUCAAAAGGAGGCGAUCGGGGGAGGAUUAUGAGCCGACGAUCACCUACCAGUUUCCCAAGCGGGAGAACCUGCUUCGGGGCCAGCAGGAGGAGGAGGAACGGCUGCUCAGUGCCAUCCCCUUGUUCUGCUUCCCGGAUGGGAACGAGUGGGCCCCACUCACUGAGUAUCCCAGGGAGACCUUCUCCUUCGUGCUGACCAACGUGGAUGGGAGCAGGAAGAUCGGCUACUGCAGGCGCCUCCUGCCCGCCGGCCGCGGCCCUCGGCUCCCCAGGGUGUACUGCAUCAUCAGCUGCAUCGGCUGCUUCGGCCUGUUCUCCAAGAUCCUGGAUGAGGUGGAGAAGCGGCAUCAGAUCUCCAUGGCCGUCAUCUACCCGUUCAUGCAGGGCCUGCGGGAGGCCGCCUUCCCCGCUCCUGGCAAGACCGUCACCCUCAAGAGCUUCAUCCCCGACUCGGGCACCGAGUUCAUCUCCCUGACGCGGCCCCUGGACUCCCACCUGGAACACGUGGACUUCAGUUCUCUGUUGCGCUGCCUCAGCUUCGAACAGAUUCUUCAGCUCUUCGCCUCCGCGGUGCUGGAGAGGAGGAUCAUCUUCCUGGCAGAAGGUCUCAGCACCCUGUCGCAGUGUAUCCACGCCGCCGCCGCGCUGCUCUACCCCUUCAGCUGGGCGCACACCUACAUCCCCGUGGUCCCCGAGAGCCUCCUGGCCACCGUCUGCUGCCCCACGCCCUUCAUGGUGGGAGUGCAAAUGCGCUUUCUGCAGGAGGUCCUGGACAGCCCCAUGGAAGAGGUCCUGCUGGUGAAUCUUUGUGAAGGAACCUUCUUAAUGUCAGUCGGUGACGAAAAAGACAUUCUACCUCCCAAGCUUCAGGAUGACAUCUUGGAGUCUCUCGGUCAGGGGAUCGAUGAGCAACAGACUCCAGAACAAAUCAACGAGCAUGUGUCAGGCCCGUUCGUGCAGUUCUUUGUCAAGACCGUCGGCCACUACGCUUCCUACAUCAGGUGGGAGGCCAACGGGCAAGGCCGCUUCCAAGAACGGGCCUUCUACAAGGCUCUGCCCUCCAAGGCCAACCGCCGAUUCGUGAAGAAGUUUGUGAAGACACAGCUCUUCUCGCUUUUCAUCCAGGAAGCUGAGAAGAGCAAGAACCCUCCUGCAGGCUAUUUCCAACGGAAAAUACGUGAAUAUGAAGAACAGAAGAAACAGAAGAAAUCAAAGGGAAAGCCUGUGAAAUGAGAACUGUGGUGAACGGGAGUGACUAGACCUCCAGGCCAGUUUUGGACUUUGGCCCCUGCCAACAGGGCAGGGUCAGCGAGGCUCUCAGCCCCGGGACCCAGUCUUCUCCCGAGUCCUGGGAACCCGGUCUUGCUUCGAGCUGGUGUCUCGAGUUUGGGAUCCCUGGAAUCUGCUUUCUCAAAGCUUCGGAAGAUUUGGCCUCUGUGCUCAAGGAGCAGGGCUCACCUUGUGCAGGGGGGACACAGAGCGGAACAGGAGCACAGGUGUCAUGGAGACGUAGGAGUUGCUAGAACUGCCCCGUCCCAGGAACCACUAUUACAAAAUCCUCCAGAGAAAGCAGCUGUGGCCCAGAGGCUCCGGCUUGCCACGUAAAAAGGUCUGUGGACACGGGAUAAGAAUAAAAUGAAAACUUCCUGUGGUU